GAAUAUUCACUGCAUCUAUUAAUACCGGAAUAUUCCCGUAUGAAUGGAAGGCAAGCAGAGUAACGCUAGUAUUUAAGAGUGGCACAAGAAAUAACCCAGGCAACUAUCGGCCUAUAUCAAUUAUUCCAUGUGUUGCUAAAAUUUUUGAAAAAAUCAUUUUCGAUCAACUACAUGGGUAUCUUGAUUCAAAUAAUUUGCUGAACAAAUGCCAAUCUGGAUUUCGACCGUUCCACAGUACCCUAACAGCGUUGCUAGAAGCCACAAGCGACUGGUCCAUGAAUAUUGACAAUGGCCUAAUUAACGGAGUUGUAUUUAUUGAUUUAAAGAAAGCUUUUGAUACGAUCGAUCAUCAAAUUAUCCUACAAAAGCUUAAAAAUUAUGGUAUUGACGAAAACAGUCUUACUUGGUUUCAUUCAUACCUCACUGAUAGAACUCAAAAGUGCCGGGUAAAUGGUCAACUGUCAGAUUCUGUGCCAGUGGCCUGCGGUGUACCUCAAGGUAGCAGCCUAGGGCCGUUGCUAUUCCUCAUCUACAUUAAUGAUUUACCGAACUGUCUUGAUCAUACAACUGCAAGAAUGUUCGCAGAUGAUACAAGUAUUAGUUAUGCAUCCGACUCUGCCAAAGAGCUCCAAAAUGUCAUUAACACCGAAUUGAAAGGUCUAAGCGAUUGGCUAACCACUAAUAAACUAAGCUUAAAUAUUGUAAAAACAGAAUUCAUGGUAGUUGGAUCUAGACAGAGAAUAAAAACACUAAAUACUGAAAUAGAUAUUGAGAUAAACGGUAAUAUGGUCAAUCAAGUUACUUCG